AUGGACUCGGAAAUGUCGUUGUGCUACAACAAGGGAUGUGGGCAGAAGUUCCGAUUCGAAGAUAAUUCACAAACUGCGUGUGUCUACCAUCCUGGAGGCCCCAUAUUCCAUGAUGCUCUUAAAGGCUGGUCCUGCUGUAAGAAAAGAGUCUCUGACUUCACAGAGUUUCUCAAUAUCAAAGGCUGCACUGUCGGUUACCACAGCAACAUCAAACCACCAGAAGCGGAGAAGCAGGAGCCAACUAAACCAUCCAGUAAGGAGCCACUGUACCAGCUGCAGGUGGAGCCUAAACACAGACAGCCUGUGGCGCAGCCCAAGGCCCGGCCCUCAGAAGAUGAACCAAUCAUUGACCUGAAGACAGUUGUUGGGGCAUCACUGAGGACUCACCUGGAACAGUUGAACCUGAACACAACAGAGGAAGUUGAAGGAGUCGAUGAUGGGAAGGUUAAGAUUGGGACUGCUUGUAACAACAAGGGAUGUAAAACGGCUUACGAGGGAGAGCACAGCAACUCGGAUGUUUGUGUACAUCACCCUGGUGUCCCCGUCUUCCAUGAGGGCAUGAAGUACUGGACAUGUUGCCAGCGCAAGACGACAGACUUUGAUGCAUUUUUAAACCAAGAGGGCUGUGAGACUGGUAGCCAUGUCUGGCAUAAAGCUAAGACUGCUGAGGAGAAGCAGGUCCGCAUGGACUGGCACCAGACACCUACGACUGUGUGUAUCUCCAUCUUUGCUAAACACCCCCUGCCUGGUAAAUCUCACGUCAGAGCCAACCAGGUUAAAUGUGAGGUCAGUUUGACGUAUGAGAAUGGCAACAGCGUGUACCAGAAAACAUUUAUAUUAAGGGAGGCCAUUGAUCCUGCCCUGAGUGAGGUCAAGCUGCUGGCUACCAAGGUGGAGAUCAAUCUCAAGAAAGCUGAGUCAUUUUCCUGGAGCACACUAGAGUUUCCCGCUAGUAGCUCAUCCUAA